UGCACCUUCCUGCCACCCCGGGCAGUGUCUGGGCCCUCGGCUCCCCCUCCCUCCACCAGCCCCCUCACACGCACACCGCAGCCCACAGGAUACGCAGCCCAGGUGGAGCAAACACCGAGCCUAGAGACAUGGGAGUUCGAGGAGCGUUCCACAUUCUACUUGUGUGCCUGAGCCCAGCACUGCUGUCUGCUGUGCGGAUUAACGGGGAUGGCCAGGAGGUCCUGUACCUGGCGGAAGGUGACAAUGUGAGGCUGGGCUGCCCCUACGUCCUAGACCCUGAAGAUUAUGGUCCCAGUGGGCUGGACAUAGAGUGGAUGCAGGUCAACUCGGACCCCGCACAUCGGGAGAACGUGUUUCUAAGUUACCAGGACAAGAGGAUCAAUCACGGCAACCUCCCCCAUCUGCAGCAGAGGGUCCGCUUUGCAGCCUCGGACCCCAGCCAGUACGAUGCCUCCAUCAACCUCAUGAACCUGCAGGUAUCUGACACAGCCACCUAUGAGUGCAGGGUGAAGAAGACCACCACGGCCACCCGGAAGGUCGUCGUUACUGUGCAAGCACGCCCUGCGGUACCCAUGUGCUGGACUGAGGGCCACAUGACAUAUGGCAACGACGUGGUGCUGAAGUGCUUUGCCAACGGGGGCUCCCAGCCCCUCUCCUACAGGUGGGCCAAGAUCAGCGGGCACACGUACCCCUACCGAGCCGGGUCCUACGCCUCCCAGCACAGCUUCCACUCUGAACUCUCCUACCAGGAGUCCUUCCACAGCUCCAUGACUCAAGGCCUGAACAACGGUGACCUGGUGUUGAAGGAUGUCUCCAGAGCGGAUGAUGGGCUGUAUCAGUGCACAGUGGCCAACCAAGUGGGCUACAGCGUUUGUGUGGUGGAGGUGAAGGUCUCAGACUCCCGGCGUGUAGGCAUGAUCAUCGGCGCCGUGCUGGGCUCUUUGCUCGCGCUGGCUUGCCUGGCGUUGGGCAUCUGGGGGCUCGUGUGCUGCUGCUGCGGGGGCGCUGGGGCCGGCGUCGCCCGCGGUGCCUUCGGCUACAGCAACAGCGGGGUCGGCGGAGGGGCCUGCGGCGACUUGGCUAAUGAGAUCAGAGAGGACGCCGUGGCGCCCGGGUGCAAGGCCAGCGGGCGCGGCAGCCGCGUCACCCACCUCCUGGGGUACCCGACGCAGAACGUCAGCCGCUCCCUGCGCCGCAAGUACGCGCCUCCGCCCUGCAGCGGCCCUGAGGACGUGGCCCUGGCGCCCUGCACCGCCGCCUGCACCGCCGCGGCCUGCGAAGCCGGCCCCUCCCAGGUCUACGUCAAGGUCAAGAGCGUGGAGCCGGCCGACUGCGCCCAGGGGCCGCUGCAGUGCAAGGACGGUCUCUUGGUGUGAGCGCGCGUGCUGCGCCGCGCCGGGCUGCGCCCUGGCCGGGAGGGGGGUGCGGGGCUCUCUGCCCGCAGCUGGGGACACGUUUGGGCUGGUGCCGACCUCGCUCGCCCCGGGCCGCCCGGCGGCUGGGGGGGUUGAAGGCAUUUCCCUCGGGAAAUACGUAGGGAGGCCAAGCCUCCUCCCCCAAAAUGGGAAUGGGUGGGCGCGGAACCUUCUCCGCACCCCCGAAGCCCGGAGGCUCGGGGAUGAGGGAGGGAGGAGGAAGCGGAGUUAGUGUCCUAGAGCGGUUGAGGCCAGAGGCCGGGUGUCCCCAGCCAAAGCAGAGGGCCUCGGGGCCGGUGGGUAGGGGUGUGGAAUGAAUGGCUCAGUGUGUGAGAGCUGAGCUCUGAGGCAGCAGUGUUAGCACAAUAAAGGAACUUUAAGACUUGA